UUCAGCCGACGCUCGGCUGUCUGCUUGGGCAGAAGUCUGAGACUCAAGGGGACGGGGACGGCGGCGGCGGCGGAAUGGCCUCUCACCCUCCUCCUCCUCCUCUUCCUCCUCCUCCUCCUCUUCCUCCUCCUCCUCUUCUUCCUCUUCCUCGAUGUCUUCGUCGUCCGCGAUCUCCGUCAGCGAGGUCCCAGUACUGUCCAUUUUUCCGACGGAAGGGGGGAGGGGAAGUGGAGGAGGAGGGGAACUAUCCCGGUGCUAUGACAACGCGUCCUUCCUGGAGCGGUCUCCAUGGAGACCAGUACUUCCGGGAAGUGGCGCCGUUUUUCCUUUCCUUGUUUCGCUGUCUGUCAUCGGAAAACGCUCUGUCGCAGCCUGACGAAGAACGUUCUCGUUUGCGGCCGGAUUUAGGCGGGAACUCCAUAGGGUGGAGGCCUGACAAGCGGCUGCUAUCGGAGGAAGGAGAGCCGUUCGGCUUUUCCCGGCUGCUUCCGGAUCGGUUCGCCACUUCCCGGUUGACUUCGGGGGCUUUGUUGUCUUGCUUUCCGAUGUCGGACGAGCCGGCCGCCCCGGAGGGCAUCCUGUUCGAAUCCUCCGCGCCCGGGGGCUGGGGAAGCGGAGGCAGCGGUGACCAUUGCUGUCCCAGCGGGCCCGAAGACCACAAGAAGCGUGCCGCGGCGUCGCCGCUCCCUGCUCCUUCGGAAAAUGAAGAUUCAGCUCAAAAAUCAGAUUCUACAUCCCAAGGAGCUGUUGUUUCAGAAAAGGAUGCAUUACCAUGCAGGCUGCAGAAUGGAUCACCUGUAAAUUCAGAUGCUACAAAGGAUUCUGCAAGUGCUGAUGGUAGUCCAGAGGAGCAAGAUGUAGCAGGAAAGGAGGAGAUCCUCACUGAUCAGUUCCAGCACCAAAAGGAGGAAGCUGUACUGACAAAGUACUCUGCGCCACAAGGACCAGGUGAUGUAAUCAUGAUACAGUCUGAAUAUACAGGUGCAGUAGAUAUCCUCUCUGCAGAGCUAGAAACUACAGAUCUCCUAAGCGAACAGAAGAAAGUUCGGCCACCUCCUCUGAUUCCCCCUACUACUUGGACAAAUUCUAAGAUAAGGGAGUUUAAAACAAGGAUGGCAAAGGAGAAGAAUGCCCGAAUGCUAGUGAAGCGGGGCGAGGUGUUAACAGUCCGGGUGCCCACCCACCCUGAUGGGAAGCGCGUCUGCUGGGAAUUUGCUACGGAAGAUUAUGACAUUGGGUUUGGAGUCUAUUUUGAUUGGACUCCUAUUACUAGUACUGCCAUUACUGUUCAGGUCAGUGAAUCAAGUGAUGAAGAAGAUGAAGAAGAAGAAUUUGAAGGACCUAUUCCUGUUGGCGAUGUGGAAAAAGGCUCCAAAAGCUAUUUGCGAAACCGUUAUGGGGAGAUCAUGCCAGUCUACCGAAGGGACAGCCACCAGGAAGUGCAAGUAGGAAGCCAUGAUUAUCCAGGCGAGGGCAUCUACUUGCUCAAAUUUGACAAUUCUUACUCUCUUCUACGCAACAAGAUUCUCUUUUUCCAUGUUUAUUAUACCAGUUAAAGAAGUAAAUCGUUUUGUUGCCAAGACUAGCAUAUAUACCUUGCGAUGGCCAAAUUUUGUACUCUGUGCUUAUAUACAAAUAUACGUUUCCUACUUUGCCCCACUCUCCAAGUGGAGCAAGUGAUCAUUAGGAAUUCCACUUUGUUUUAUGCAGACACAAAGCUGGGAUUUUAAUUACAGCAAGCAAGUCACUGGACAUGAGAUUUCAAUGUCUGUUUUUCUUUUGAUUGCACUUACAUGAACUGAAGUUAAAAUAUGCCUUUUCUUUGGAGGUAAAUAUAUUAUCUCCUUCUACCCUUCUGGCUGCAGUACUCACUGGAAUCAGCUGCCAAAGCAGCCUACGGAACUCUGUCCACAACUGCACUGUGACUGUGAUAUGGUGCGCUGCCAUUUGCUUUAGAGCGGAGAUCUUGUGAAAUGGUACGUAGGUUGGCUACUCAGGCCACUGGCAGGCUGUCUCCUCUCAUCUGGCUCCCAUAAAUGGCGACCUCCUCAGUUGUUUGUAUAUAUUUUACAGCUUGGCUGGAUGGAGCCCAAACUGCAUCAUUCUCUUUCAAUAAGAGAACAACAUAAACUAUAAAAGAAAAAAGCAUACCCCCCAAAAUUCUGCUUUUGAUGAAUUAUUCAGGAAGCAGACAUCAACAAAGGCUUUCCCAGUCCCUUCAUUCCUAGUUUUUGGGGCAUAAUGUACUGUUCUGUUGGUGACUUUUUUGCAUGAAUUCAUUAAAGUGUAGUAAAAAUUGCUGAAAUUCCAAAUGUCUUUUAAAUAGAUGUUCAUGGAGCAUAAUUUAAAACUAAACCAACCAAACCAGGAAAUGUUUAUUUCAGUGGGCAGAAAAUAUCAGUUUCACUCAGCUAGAUACUAAAAUGGAAGCAGUUUGUGCAUAUUUGCCAUGCUGCUUCUGGACACCCAGGAGCAAACAUUUCCAGAAGCAAGAAGACUUUACAUAAGCACCCAAUAGUUACUAUACCCAUAGUUAGACAGACACAAGAUAAUACCAGUGACAGAAAGCAAUACUGAGCUAUAUGUUAGUCCUUUUGCUCUAUUGGAAGUAUUAACUUCGUAGCUUCAGCAAUGGUUUUGUAAUUUAUAUGGAAGAGCACAGUAUGGGGCCUGCAAAAGGCCUGAUACAUUUCUAACCUUAUAUGACCUCCCUCAUACAAAAUGAAGAGUCUUUAAACAGUCAGGAAGCAUUUCUUAUCUUGUACAUCUUUGUAAUUUAUUCAGACUUCAGAAGCACUGCCAAUAUUUAAUAUAGCAUAAGCAGCAGAGCUAGCUAUUGCAGUUACCUACCAGUUGGCAAUUGUAUUACUAUCUUUCACAGCUCAGGUUUUAUAGAAUGUGUAUGUACAGCUCAUGUUGUCUCUGUAGCAGACGACUUGUAAAUGUAUUUAAGAUUUCAGAGGCAGAUUUGAGCAGGCCCUUUUAAAGUCACUACUUCUUGUGAUGUUUGUCUAGUAUGCUUGACUCUGCAUGAUUACACCAAAUAUUUGUUGUAUGUAGUAGAUCUGGGGAGAAUGUUCCUAAGAGGUUUCCUUGUUGAAGUUUGGUGAUUUUGUAUUUCUGCCAUAUUUUUUAGUGAGAAACAUAGAGAAGAUAAAAUUGGCUCUUACCUCAGGCUUAAAAAAAAUCAGAAAAUAAAAAUUCAUUCUUUCUAAAUUUGAAAUGGGAGACUGAGUAAACAUGUACUGCUAACUUUAAAGAGGAAGCCAAGUAUGGCUACUCCUUCCCAUUUUGUAUUUAUUUAAGAUGAGAUUGGAGAAACAAUUACAGCAUAAAAAGUACAGUAACUGCAAGGAACAGAGUUUGGUGGAAGAAGGGGAAUCACAAUUCAAAUGGAUUUUCUGGUUUUUAAGCUGCUGAUUUUUGAAGAUAGUCUUGAAGGAACCACAGAAGAGGAGCUGCUGUAUUGUUGGUUGUAAAGCCCAUGGGCAGCAUUUAAUGUUUCUUCCUCCCCCCACCCCAACUGUUUGUAUACCCUUAUUAUUGUUGAAAUCAUUUCUAGUUGAAGCUUAUCUCUAGAUGUCCCACGCUGUACAGAAAAUAGAGCUCCCUAUGUUUGUGCCCGUUUUCAACCCAAAGAUUUUGCUUUGUUUAGAGUUCAGAAAAUGAAACGGAUUUGUUUGCUUUAGCUAAGGUUUUACUUGAAGAAAUAAAAAAAAGAAAAGAUAUAUAUUUCAAAUGUGCAAGUUUAUGUUGACUUUAAUUACAGAGCUCUAUUUUUAACUCUUGAGUAAUAUAAGUAUCUUUCAAGCAAAGCAACUGCAUUUGUUCUUAAGUCCCACAAUAUCUUCUAGAGGUUUGUUUAACAUGAAUUGUUGCUGAAAUUACAGUAUACAUUCUGCCUGCAAAUCUAGAAAAUAUAAUGAACUUAAUUUUAGAAAAGAGAAUAGGGUUGAAAUGUGGAGCAAGUUAAAAUUUGCAGUAGGUAUCAGCUGAGCAAAAGCUUUCUUGCCUUUCUUACCAUUCUCUGUUUAGUGACAGCAGUUUUCAGAUUUGUUCUUACUGAACUAAUCAGUUUAAAAUUGACUGUCUUCAUAGGUACACUUUGCUCAUUUGACUAAGGAGAUUAAUUUCUGAAAUAAUGCUGAAGUUUAGUUUAAAAAGGGUUAAGGUUCUGGAUGUUCUGUUCUCUUUAUAGAGCUCACCUUGGAUUUUAUACUCAUUUGAUGAAUUAGUGUAUAGUACAUAACAUUCCUUCUUCAUAUGUGUGGGUUGUAUAUUCACACAUAUGCAUGUGAGCUUAAUAUGUAUCUCUUAUCCAAAGACUAGCCAACCUCAGGCCAAGUCAAAAUAUGGCUGUUUGUCUCUCUUCCUCCUGUGAAAAAAAUUAGCUGUAUGUGCUGCAGACCUAAAAUUCUGUAACCACAAUGCUAAUGAAAUCUGUGGAAAACAUUUAGAGCGAGCAUUUAUCCUUGCCUGUAAUUGAUUCUAGAAAUUUCUCAACAUUAUACAUGCAUUGUUGUAGAUAAAAAUAGAAAUAUAAUUUUAGUUACUGGGAUAAAUGAGCUAUGAUUUUAGAUUGGGAAGUAAAAGUCUGAUAGAAAUGUACUAAAAUAAAAUAAUUAUAUGAGUGCCUCAUAAUGAAUGCACUUUGACCUCUCCUCACCUGCUUUACUUAGUGUAUGUGAAAUACCAGGCUUUGGCCAUGUUCAUAUGGUAGUGUACAGAAUUAGCACAAAUGAAUAAAAGUAUAUAUAAGGCUGCUAAAAAUGGAGAACAGGAUCUAAUUAGUUCCAAUAUAUAAAUUAAGCAUUUUGUAACUUAUUUUACUUCUACUUUGCAUGAAAAGCCACAUUUUAGUCAUAUUAAUAUACUCAGCCCAUGUAUUUGUUUUAAUUAGGUAUCAUUUAGUAUAUGUUUGUCUUUCUCCUUUAACUACUGAGAAGCAAGCUAGACAUUAUUGGAAGUAAUCUUGGGUGGGAUUGGCGGGGGGGGUAUUAUUGAUGCUGCUUUGUUUGUCUCAUUUUAACCAGGAUAUGUAUGCCAAACCCCUGAUUCACUAAGAACAGUGUGAUAUAAAAUGAUUGCUACAAUUCUGUAUGCAUUUAAAUCCCAUGAAAAUUUGGACAUAUUUCUAAGUAGACCUGUACAACAUUGUCCUGUAAGUCUCCUUGCACCCCAAGAACUUGUUUGUUCAAGACAUAUUCCUCUUAUUGUCCUUGAAGAUCCAGUAGAAUUUUAUAGACCCACAGCAUGAAAGGAGUUUUGUUAGUGAGGCAAUUUUGGAACAGUUCACAAGAGAGAGUUCACUGACAUCUUCAUGGUAAAUCUCAUUUCAGAUAAGAGGUAUUUUGUUUUAUCUCUUAACCUUCAUAAUGUAAGACCAAAAUCCAUUCAACCUGUAUCUUAAAUUGAUUACUGAGAAAUCAGGGAGGCAUUGUCUGAUCUUAAAGCAUACUAUAACCAUUGUUGAUUUGCUUAUCACAGCCUGGGCUAACUGUUCCUAGUCAUACUGUAUUGCAAAUGGGUUAUUUUUUAGAGCACACACAAAGGCUGCUUAAGAGAAAUCAAGACUAAACUUUUGGAAUUUUUGUGGUGGACCAAAAGGAUUUACAAACUCUGUCUUAUAGUAUAGUGAAUAGUAUUAGUACAGUAAAUUUGCUUAUAUUGAUUUGAGAGGGUCGCUGUGAGAUUUAUUUGAGUUUAGAACUAUGGCCUUUAAAAAAAAAAAACCAUUUACAAUGGUUCAGUCUCAAAAUAAUGGGUAUAGAUGCAAAAAUAAAUUCAUUUUGGAGUAGGUCCUAUUCAUCUCUAUGAGACUUAUUCUUAAGUGAUCAUGGAUAGAAGUGAGCUCUAUAAGGAUGUGAAACUGGUACAUCAGGAUGUACUUAUAUUGUAAUUUAAUACCAAUAUAUUAGCAAGGACUUCUGCUAGUCCAUGGGUAUUUAUAAUUGAUUGGCAUUGAAGGAAAAUAUUUUAAUAUUUAGACUUCAAUAAAAGUUUUGAUUAACUCAAGUUAUAAACAUAUAACUGCCAUUACUUGCCAUUACGUGCUUUCUGUUGGGCUUAGUGGAACUAAACCUAUACUUAGCAGGUCUAAGCUUUAUCAAAUGUAGGAUAUUGUCCCUGGGAACAAGAAUAAAGGGUUGCUCUUUGCAUUUUUAGCAGUAACAUUAAAACAUGAUUGAAAUAAAAUGAGUAGACUGGUUUGUAGUUUAAAAUGAUUGGCCUAUAAUGAAAACAUGCCCUUCAGAUGAAAUUCAAUUCUGUUUUGUACCAUAUAAAAUUUUUAUUCUGUGGUGAUCUGUUUGAUAUAAUUUUCUUAAUAAUUUUGUGUACUUUCUCCUCUUAUCCUCCCAAACAUUUUUUUCUUAAGUGGAGAAGGUGUUUUAUUAAGUUAUGGCACUGAGUCGAAUAUUCUGGUACUAGCUAAAUAAAGUCUGUCCAGUGUAUUGCUUUGUCUUUCAGAACUUGAUUAAUGUUUGUUACGUUGUUUAGAGCCAUGGUUUUGUGAUUGUGUUUGACUUUUACAAAGUUAUUUCAUUAAAGAUUUUCAUCAUUUU